CCACAUCUAUGCUUUCUCAAUAGCUUGGCCUCUCAUGUGGUUGAGCCCACAAUGCUCCCAACUGGCCAGACUUUGUUAGAGAAGCUCAGUGACCCUUCUAAAUUUGAUACUACAGCUCAGUAUUAUCUAAUGAAGCUAGCCGCAUUCUUUGUCAUACAAGGGAUUAUCGAGCAGCUCAAGGAGCGUGGAGAAGCCGAUGGAAUAAUCAUCAACGCCUGCUGUCCCGGCUUGUGUAAAACCAAUAUGGCGCGGGAGUUUCCACUAGUCUAUAAAAUUAUGAUGAACAUAUUGUACUUUUUCGUCGGACGAACUGCCGAGGCUGGGAGCCACACUCUCGUCAGCGCUACCGGGUUGGGCCCAGAGAGCAGUGGAAAGCUGUGGAGAAAUGGCAAGUAUACCGAGCCGGGGGAAGUAUUAAAAAGUGAACGUGGCCGCAAACUCUAUCGAGAAACCUGGCAUGAAAUUCUGUCUAUUCAACAAAACCAUCUUUAA